AUUGGGCCUUUGGGCCCAACUGGUUUACCAGGUUCCAUGGGGCCUAUUGGAAAGCCUGGUCCCAAGGGAGAAGCUGGAUCCAUGGGGCCCCAGGGCGAGCCAGGAGUCCGGGGAAUAAGAGGCUGGAAAGGAGAUCGAGGAGAGAAAGGGAAAAUGGGUGAGACGCUAGUCUUGCCAAAAAGUGCUUUCACUGUGGGGCUCACAGUGCUGAGCAAGUUUCCUUCUUCAGAUGUGCCCAUUAAAUUUGAUAAGAUCCCGUAUAACAAAUUCAACCAUUAUGAUAUAGCAACGGGGAAGUUCACGUGCCACAUUGCUGGGGUCUAUUACUUCACCUACCACAUCACUGUUUUCUCCAGGAAUGUUCAGGUGUCUUUGGUCAAAAAUGGAGUAAAAAUACUGCACACCAAAGACGCUUACAUGAGCUCUGAGGACCAGGCCUCUGGCGGCAUUGUCCUGCAGCUGAAGCUGGGGGAUGAGGUGUGGCUGCAGGUGACAGGAGGAGAAAGGUUCAAUGGCUUGUUUGCUGAUGAGGACGACACAACUUUCACAGGGUUCCUUCUGUUCAGCAGCCCGUGACAGAGGAGAGUUUAUAAAUCAGCCACACCAUCCAUCAGAAUCAGCUUGGUGACGAACUUAUUCAGAUGGUUUUACUUUAUUAAUUCCUCCAAUUAUUACAAUAAUCAUAAAAAGGUGAAAACGGAAAAGUUAUUCCCAAAACUGAUUCUGUGUAACUUACUGUCUUUCCAGGAGUAAAUAUUGAAAAUAGCUGCAUGGUUUAUUCUAAUUUACUUCACAUUUCUUAUUCCUAUUAUCUGAAGAUCCUUUGCCUGUGUGUUUCUUGUGGGAAGAGUGUUUUGAUACCAUUUUAGUGCUCUGAGGAGUCAUGUGAGGAUGUAUCCCUCAUCUGUGUUUCUGAGGACAGUAAGGGGAAAGUAAAGGGAAAUCUUUAUUCCAUUUAGUACUAGUAACAGCUUUAAGUUGGUGAUGCUGUCACACUCCAGAAAGCUGUAGACACUGCUCAUUUUGUCUUUUUUUAAAAAAUUAUUUUUAAGUUCUGGGAUACAUAUGCAGAACGUGCAGGUUUGUUAUAUAGUAAACAUGUGCUGUGGUGGUUUGCUGCGUCUAUCAACCCAUCACCUAGGUAUUAAGCCCUGCAUGCAUUAGCUAUUUGUCCUAGUGCUCUGCCUCCCACUUUGCUCAUUUUCUAACCUAGGUUUUAAUCACCAUUCCAUCCAACAAAUCAUUGUUUGAUCAUUAUUUGCCAGUCGUGAAUCUCUGUUUGUUUUCUAGGAUUGCCCAAAUAAAGUACGCAAAGUGGGAGUCUU